UGAGGACAGGAAGUCGCAUAUUUUAGCGUGGAUGCUAACGGUGAACUGUUAUAUUUAGCCACACCUCGCAGGUCCAUCUCCCACAAACAAGAAUGGAUAUAAGUUAACAAUGACUGGAGAGAAAAAGAAGAAAAAGCGGCUGAACCGCAGCAUUCUUCUUGCCAAGAAAAUCAUCAUUAAAGAUGGAGGCACUCCACAGGGGAUUGGAGAGCCCAGUGUCUAUCAUGCUGUGGUGGUUAUCUUCCUGGAGUUCUUCGCCUGGGGACUGCUCACCACUCCCAUGCUUACGGUGUUACAUCAGACAUUCCCCCAGCACACAUUCCUGAUGAAUGGACUUAUUCAUGGUGUCAAGGGCCUGCUGUCUUUUCUGAGUGCUCCAUUAAUUGGUGCUCUGUCAGAUGUGUGGGGCCGGAAGUCCUUCCUGCUGCUCACUGUGUUCUUCACCUGCGCUCCCAUCCCUCUCAUGAAGAUCAGCCCAUGGUGGUACUUUGCAGUGAUCUCCAUGUCCGGUGUGUUUGCAGUCACUUUCUCUGUUAUCUUUGCAUAUGUGGCCGAUAUCACGCAGGAGCAUGAAAGGAUCACAGCCUAUGGCUUGGUAUCAGCCACUUUUGCAGCCAGUCUGGUGACGAGCCCGGCGAUCGGUGCAUACCUGUCAGAAACAUAUGGAGAUACUCUGGUGGUGAUCCUUGCCACGGCCAUUGCCCUGCUAGACAUCUGUUUUAUCCUGGUAGCGGUUCCUGAGUCCUUGCCUGAGAAGAUGAGACCAGCUUCAUGGGGAGCCCCAAUCUCAUGGGAGCAGGCAGACCCCUUUGCAUCCUUGCGUAAGGUGGGCCAGGACUCCACGGUUCUCCUGAUCUGCAUCACAGUCUUCCUGUCUUACCUGCCUGAGGCUGGACAAUAUUCCAGUUUCUUCCUGUAUCUCAGACAGGUCAUUCGAUUUACAUCAGAAACAGUUGCUGCCUUCAUUGCGGUGGUGGGAAUCCUGUCCAUCUUGGCUCAGACGGUUGUCCUGGGAAUCCUAAUGCGUUCCAUAGGGAAUAAGAACACUAUCUUGUUAGGCCUUGGCUUUCAGAUCCUGCAGCUGGCCUGGUACGGCUUUGGCUCCCAGCCCUGGAUGAUGUGGGCCGCUGGAGCCGUUGCUGCCAUGUCUAGCAUCACCUUCCCAGCAAUCAGUGCCAUAGUGUCCCGCAACGCAGACCCCGACCAACAAGGUGUGGUGCAGGGAAUGAUCACAGGAAUCCGAGGACUGUGUAACGGUCUGGGUCCAGCCCUCUACGGCUUCGUCUUCUACCUGUUUCACGUGGAGCUCAGUGAAAUGGACCCCGCAGAGGGCCCAGAGAAGGGUGGCAAACCCAACAUGGCCAACCCUACAGAUGAGAGUGCCAUCAUCCCCGGCCCUCCCUUCCUGUUUGGAGCAUGCUCAGUGUUGCUGUCCCUGCUAGUUGCACUCUUCAUCCCAGAGCACAAUGCCCUCAACCUGCGGCCCGGCAGCUACAAGAAGCACAACAACGGCGCACAAAGCCACUUACACAGUUCGCAAGGUGGAACCUGUGAGGGCAAGGAGCCUCUACUGGAGGACAGCAGUGUAUAACCCCACUGACAAGGGGGGUGGGCAACGGACCCCAAACCCCCUCACAAUCACCACCCUUACCUUUCCAAACGCACACAAACAGUGCACCUUUUACACAAGAUGACAUCACUGUCCUCUCUUGUUCCCUCUCAGAAUGAGCUGUGGGAACUGGUGCAGAUAUUACAAGUGCGGAACUGGGCCAACCGGGAGCUGACCUUGGCCUUGAGGAACAGGAAGUGGAGCAAAAGACAUUUUGCCUUGCACAAGUGUAGGGAAAUGCGAGCAGACCCAGUUUUGUGUUGAUACAGACUUGGUGACAGUUUUCCUCAUUUUUACUGUUACAUUGAAAAGUGCUUCUGGAGAAGAGUGUCUGCUCUUUGAAUCCUAGAGGAAACGCCACCAAGAAAUGUAAGAAAGAAGGUCACAAGCAUCCUUUCGCACAGUCAUCACCGUUGUAUCAUGCCACUUCAACCUACAUUUCUGUUGUUCUACAUCAGAUGAAAUGGUUUGUACUUCCUCUCCUUUGCUCUUGUGAUUUUAAGGGGUCUGUCAUAAUUCAUGCAGGGGGAAUAAAAGUUGCCUUUAAGUGACUUUCAAUCACAAUUACCAAACCUAGAUGAAGACUACGCUCUGAGAAGGGUCAGUCGUAUCGCUCCUGUUGGAGCCUGCUCAUAUUUCAUUCUCAUUUAUCAUCCGCCUCGCCACCAAAACUCCCUGUGAACGUCAACACUGCCAUGUUACAACAGGCUAGCAGGGUUACGAGCUUACUGACCGCAUACCUAGUUUUCAUAUUACCGCAAGCACUGAUGUGGGUGGAAUAGCUUACAUGUUAUUGGAUGAGCGUCGCUAGAUCCAGUGAAUUAAUAUCACACAUGCUGCUACUGUAGGGUGUACAAGGUUACAAAGUUCUGUGGUAUUGUACUAGACUCUAAACGUGGUAUUUCUAUUAGAGCUGAGCUUUCUUGGCGUGUUGUAAUUUUAGACCCCAAAUUUUGUGGCCGAUUUAUAUUUGUGGUGCAUUUUCUUUCUGGUAAGACAGACUUUGAAUACUUUUAUCAGAUCUCAACAUGAACGUUGAUUUUCCGGAGAAAACCUCAAGUGCAUUUUUUUUAUUUUUUAUUAACCAGUAUCUAGGUUUUGUUUAUUUGGUUUUAGACACCAUACCUAUGUUUUUAUUCAUUUGUGUGUUUGACUGACACAUUUUCAAGACAAAUCCACAAGAUGUUCCACAGACUUAGUCAUUGUAACUUGUUUUUAGCUAAUAUUUUGGACCAUUUUUGUUCUCUUACAGCAUUGAAAACCAUGUAAAUGUUACUUAACAUUGACUGAAAAGGUUUUUCCUUUAUUUUGCAUUGAUCUGUAUGACCAAACUUGAAUGGAAUUCUUUAUCAUAUAUCCUUGCAAGGAACAGAGACAAUGGUUAUCAUCCUGUUUUGUACCUGCAUAAUUACUUCUCUCCACUAGCCACUAACUUGCAAAGAAAUCUGGUGUUUGCCUCAGAAAAAGCCAAUUAAUUUGUGCCUAAAAUGUGCUCUAAAAGAAUAGAAACUGUAUAUGUGAAUGAACUGGCUGUAAAUAUUAAGAACUAAUGAGAAACUAUUUAUUAAAAGUUUAUUGAUA